ACACAUUUACAUCAGAGGCAUUAAGCCUAGGUUCCUAUCUCUAACAACAUUAGUGAACUGUUGACUUUCUGUUUUUCAGUUGUUAGAUGGAGGUUGUUUCAAACAAAGGGUUUUGGAAGGUACACUGUAGCCUAUAUUUGCCCCAGGCGGUAGUAUGUCAGGGUGUGUUUGACAACGGAGACAUCAGAGCCCUAACCUGCUUGCUCUUUACAGCAAAGCUGCUUGUGAGCUAUUCAGACGCAUGAAAUAUUUAGACACUGGAGUUUCCGUUUCAGCGGGAGGGCAGUGAGAGUUGCGGGGAGGAACGGAGAGAAAGAGAGAGAUAGAUAGAAAAAGCAGGGGAAGAAAGGUGGAGAGAGAGAGCGACGUGCAUCAGGUAAAAAGAGUCAGAAGUCAGCGAGAGGAGAGAUUACGGUAGACAAGCCGGACAUCCUGGGCGGGAAACCAAGGAGGGAUGGAGGGAGAGAGCGAGCACGAGGAAAUUUAUACGCCACGCAACGAGCCUUUAAUCCUGGUUGACGGACAGGCCGAGGUUUUGGGUGGUGGAGGGGAUGAUGAUAACACAGCCCCCCCUGCGAUCCACGUCACUGAGGAGAGGGGCCCCAACCAGUUGGAAGAUGCUAUUGUUUCUGCCCCAGCUGGGGGAACCACAAGUGUCAUCGACAAUGAGCUGGACGCACGCAGUCUGGGUGAUGCAGAGACAUCGGCGUCAUCAUCACAGGCCCCUGACGUGGCCAUGGUCUCCCAUGAGGACCAAGACAACCGCCUCUCAUUGUCUGACGGGCUGCUGGAGGAACACACACUCCAGACUCAACCUUCGCCGCAACUGACUUCACAUUUCACCGGAAUAGAGAAUCGAGUCUCAGAGCCCUGCUGGUAUUGCCUGAGGUCUCUCGAGCCAGAGCAUCGCCCUCAUGAUCCUGGACAGGUUAAACCUGACGUGAUGGUGUUGCAACAGGACUACAAUUCUGUGACACCAGUGCCCCCCAGUGGCCAGAAAGUGAACUACCAGACAGACCCGCGGCCUCACUUUGGCGUGGCCUACUCCUCCCGCUCCACCGCACUCCCCCUGUGGGGGAGCGAGGGUCCGAGCUGGGUCAUCCGGAACCAGGACCUGGUGGAUCAGAAUGACACCUGCCCUCACUGCCAUAUAGCACUACCCCCAGACACACUGCGCUGGCAUGAGGCAAAAUGUUUGCUCUUUGAUGGAUUCAAGAGUAUAGUAAACAAUUAAAUCUCCUGUGGGAUGAAGCUUUCUCAUGUAUCCUGAUCGAUUUCACACGCCUAAAGGAUGCUGUAUACUCCUCAGGAAACACAUCCAUGACAUCCUUGUACAAAAGAGUAUUUUUUUUUAACUAGGAUUGCAGAGGACAUUGUCUGUUAUUCGCUUUGUUUUCAGAAAAAAUGUAUAUGUCACGGACACCAAUAAAGAACAUACAUCUA